AUGGCUUCUUUCCUUGAUUCAUGGACGCUCAUCUUCUUGUUCUUGGCGGUGGCACUGGCAGCCAUGGGCAAGGCUGUCGCAGCCGGAUACACUUCGCCGGUGUUUCGUCCGACUCCUUGGAAACUUGCUUAUGCCACAUUUUAUGGCGAUGAGACAGCUGCGGAAACUAUGGGAGGAGCUUGUGGGUACGGAAACUUGUUCAACAGUGGAUACGGCACCGACACGGCGGCGCUGAGCUCAGUGCUAUUCAACAACGGCUACGGCUGCGGGCAGUGCUUUCAGCUUCGGUGCGCUAAAUCACAGUAUUGCUAUAAGAAUUCUCCGAUCACCACCAUCACCGCCACCAAUCUCUGCCCUCCCAACUGGUCCCAGGAUUCUAACAACGGCGGCUGGUGCAACCCUCCUCGCACCCACUUCGACAUGUCCAAGCCCGCCUUCAUGAAGAUCGCUCAGUGGAAGGCUGGCAUCGUACCUGUCCUCUUCCGCAGGGUGACGUGCGUGCGCAAGGGUGGAGUGCGCCUGAUGCUCCAGGGGAACGGGUAUUGGCUGCUGGUGUACGUGAUGAAUGUGGGGGGAGGCGGGGACAUAGCCAACAUGUGGGUGAAGGGCAGCAAGACCGGGUGGAUAAGCAUGAGCCACAACUGGGGCGCCUCGUACCAGGCUUUCGCGACUCUUGGAGGCCAGUCGCUUUCGUUCAAGUUAACCUCAUACACUUCUCAUGAAACUAUCAUUGCUUACAACGUUGCACCUUCUAACUGGCGUGCUGGAAUGACAUAUGGUUCCAACGUCAACUUCCAUUGA